AUGGGGAUUAGGUUGUUGAAUGUACGGUUAAUUGCGUCUAAUGUAAACGGUGUUCAUGGUUUGAUAUGUGAUGGGCUGGAUGUCUUGGUGCUCACUAAAACUUGGCAUGGUACGGUUGGUAAUAAUUCUGUCCGUUUGGCUAUGCCGCCCGGAUUCUGGUAUGUUGAUUAUGUUAGGCAGCACGAUCUAGGUCAUGGUGGCUUGAUCGUAUAUUUCCGUCAAGAUUUUGGUUAUAAAAAGUUUGUCUUACCAAUAUUUGUCACAUUUGAGACUAUUGCUAUUCGAUUUUCAAUCAAUGGGUAUCAGUUUAUUUUACUUGCUAUUUACAGACCGGAUUCGAUGCAGAUUUCUUCAUUGUUUUUUGAUGAACUGGUAUCCGUUUUAGAAUAUCUUACGAUGUUAAACGCCAAUAUUUUGAUGAUGGGGGAUUUCAACGUGCAUGUUGAAAAAGUGGUAUUCUUGACCAGGUCAUUAGUUCCAGCAAUUUUCCGAUUCUGGGAGUUAAAGUAUCUCCACGUGAAAUAUUCUCAGAUCAUAGUUUUGUUAAGGUUGAGGCAUUAA